AUGACACAAGACAUGUGCUCUGAGGAAGAGUCUCCAGGAUCAGAAAUUGAGGACAAUGGAGAAACAGAGAACGUCUGUAUCAUUUGCAAAAAAUCAAGGGUCACUGUCAACAAAAAAACAGUUUCACUCGUGACAAGCUCCGAUCAAGCCUUAUUGGGACAACUCGAGGAAGCUGCUGAAUUUGUUGGUGAUGAGGAAACGCGACUGAAUACUCUUUGUUAUCGUGAUCAAAAGAGCUUCACAUACCAUAAACGCUGCAAGUCAUCAAUUCUCUACAGGAAAGAGCAAAUGCAACGUGAGUUUCAACAGAAAGAUAAAGAUUGGCAUAAGAUUCGUCUGUUCAAUAAAAAUGCAUUUGAAGAAAUAUGUGCUUUCGUAAAAGAAAAAGUUGUGAAAAAUAAAAUGUUCUGCUAUCUUGAAUCACUUCGAAAAUUGUAUAAUGACAGUAUUGCAACGCAAAUUCACGAAUCCAAUGCUACAUUGAAUUUUACGGACAUUGAAAGUAACAAGCUUGAAUUGAAAUUGAUGAAAGAAUUGAACGGUGACAUUGAAAUUGGUCAAGCAUUGGAUAAAAUUGAUUUGUUACAGCGAACUGCAAUUACUCUAAGAGAAGAAAUUUUUUCUAUUCCAAAACGAGAGCUUCCCGAUGCUCUCAAUGCAACUGAAAUUGCUCGCGGGGAAUGUUCGAUUCCUGAUUCUUUACAAAUUUUCUACGAAACACUAUUAGGUGGUGCUAAUUUACGUAGGCGUUUUGUGGAGAAAUGUAAAAGAUUGAGUAGCUCUUUUGCUCAAGAUGCUAUUUUCGGAGUGACAAACGGUAAAGUAAAACCUGCCAAGCAUUUGCAACUUGGAAUCGCAUUGAAAAGUUUGACAAGUAGUAGGAAAAUCAUCGAUAUAAUGAAUCUUUAUGGUCAUUCAUGCAGUUACAAUGUAGUCGAAGAGAUUGAAACUGAGGCUGUGAUUUCUUCGCUAGAAACAACUCAAGUUUGCCCUGAAGACAUAAUCAAGUCCCCGUAUUUGUGUACAGGGUUAGCUUUUGACAAUUUCGGUCGAUUCGUUGAUAGUUUGACCGGAAAAGAAACUCUACAUGAUACUGUUGGAAUAAUAUACCAAGACAUUCUCGAAAUUUCAUCGCAAAAUAAAAGGGACGAAUAUUCCACCCCUUCGGCUGAACGUGACUGCUCAAAACGUCGCAAAAGACGACGAACAUGCGACCCGGUCACCCCUGAAUUGGAAGAAUAA